UUUACUAUAUCAAAACAACAGAAUUGGUUAAUGAAACAAGAAUUCAAAAUCAUGAACCAUUUGAUGUUGGAAAUCACCAGCUGAUUACUCUCUCUAAUGAUGACAAAAACAAUGAAGAAAUGAUCAAUUUUUUAAAUUUAUUCAACAUUGGCUUAUGGAAGGUAUUAUCAUCACGUGUCAAUCAUCCAUUUCCUCCGCCCCUGCUGUACACGAUGCCGAAGAAAAAUAAAACCAACGUAAACAUUGAUAUUCUUUGA